AUGCGUGUACAAUCCCUCCUCACACUUUCCGGCUUAUGGAUGGGCCUCGGAGCUGCAGCAUCUGAAUCAACUCCCAUAUCAUCAGCUCCCGCUCCCCUUUUCGGUCGUCAAGUCGGCGUGCCACCUCUCUGUUCUGUAAUCCCUGCACGAUGGAUCCACCUGGUCAAAGCUGUUGCGCAGCUGGAACGAAGAGCUGCUGUAAUGAUGAAACGAACAAUUGCGCUUGUUGUAUUGGCGCGACUUGUGGACCCUGUUGAACAGGUACCUACUGAAGGUCUGAAUUUUGGAUGUUCACAUCUUGCUUCGCCAUGA